UGAAGUGAGUUUCCGAAAAACACGGAGGAGAUGGAAACUGUUUCUUCUGUCGUUCCAACGAAAAUACUUUGGAAUCUUUGUUUCUUUUUGGUUCCAAUUCCAAAUCCAACAAUAACGAUGAUGUCUCUGCUUCAUCGUCAGUAACUUUACUUUUGACUAAAUUAUUUUGGAAUCCAAGUUGCAACAAAGAAGACACAGAAAGCAAAUUAUGGAACAAGAGUUAAUUAGAGGACGUGACACAGCAAAUCAAUUACUUGAAGUAAUUGUGAACAAAUUGAAUAUUAAUCUUCAUCACCAUGGAGAUUUAGAAGGGUUAAUAAUACCCUUAGCUCAAGAUCUUGUUAACAAGGUACUUAGAUCAUUCACAAAUACUCUUUUUCUUUUGAAUACUAAUAAUGAUGUCUUUAGUGAUGAGGAGGUUUUGCCUAUUACUAUCAAAGAUUUGUCAAAGUGCCCAAAGCUUGAAGAAACAGAUCAUGAAGCUUGCAAGAAUUUUAAAAUUCAAAGGGGGUGCUACAAAAGAAAAUCAAAUGCAAUUACUUGGGAGAAGGAUAGCUCAAUUUUGAUUGAAGAUGGCUAUGAAUGGAGAAAGUAUGGACAGAAAAAGAUAAUGAAUGCAAAAUAUAUCAGGAGCUACUACAGAUGCAGUUACAAAAAUGAACAAGAUUGUGCAGCUAUGAAACAAGUACAAAGAAUUCAAGUGGAUCCUCCAUUGUACAGAACUACAUAUUAUGGCCAUCAUAAUUGCAAAACCUCAAAUUUAGAUAUCACAUCAUUGGAACCUAACAAUACUUCAUCUAUGUUCAUUAACUUCAAUGAUAGCUUCCAAACCAAAGAACAAUACCCUUCAUUUUCAUCAUCAUCAUUUUCCAAAUCCACAAAACAGGAGCCUAUAGAAGUAAUCAAUAUUCCUUAUGACCACAUUGCUGAAAACCAAUUAAUCUCAUUAGAUUACCCUCUAUCAUGUGAUUAUGAACUUGAAUUUGAUUAUUUGAGACAUGCUACUAUGCUAUCAUCAUCAUCAACCCAAUCUGUUGAAUUUCAUGAUGUUUAUUAUGAGCCAUGCAGUUUGGAUUUUGAUUCCAAAUCAUGUUUUGGAUUAUAGAGGAGGCAAAUGAGGUAAUUCUUAUAUGGUGAUUUAAGUACUAUUUUUAUUUUGGUACAAGAUUUAAGUACUAUUUCAAUUGUUAAGAAAAAAUGCAAUUUAUUCUCUAAAGUUAAUUACCUUUGAAUUAC